AUGGUUCAGGGUUGGAAGUUGCCAAGUCUUUCAAAAACUGACAAUAAGACAGGCAUCCCUGAAUUUCGAAUACUUGGUUUCCAGAUUUCAUAUGAUAAAAGAUUACUAUUGUUUAUUAUUUUUUUAAUAGUCUAUAUCAUGAUUUUAACAGGUAAUUUAUUGAUCAUAAUUCUUGUGUCGACAAGCCAUCGUCUGCAAUAUCCAAUGUACAUACUCCUAAGCAAUCUAUCUGCAUCAGAGAUUUUGUUCACCUCUUGUAUAAUACCUAACAUGCUUUACAUAAUUCUUGCGGACGGAUGCACCAUGUCUUAUGCGGGCUGUCUUACCCAAUUUUAUGUGUAUGGUUCCUUGAUAUCAACAGAAUGUUUUUUGCUUGCAGUGAUGUCUUACGAUCGUUAUUUGGCUAUUUGUAAUCCAUUACAUUACAAUUCUCUCAUGAACUCCAACAUUUGUGUACAACUUGCUUUAUGGUCUUGGUUGAUGGGUUUUCUUUUGUCCGUAGCAACAAUGGUGUUUGUGACUGACAUCACCUUUUGUGGAGAUAAUGUUAUAAACCAUUUCCUAUGUGACUUUGCACCUCUUCUAAAAUUGGCCUGUUCGGACAUUUCCAGGGUUGAACUGCAAGUCUUUAUUUUGUCAUGUUCCAUAAUUAUCUGCCCCUUUGUUUUCAUUGUUUUAACUUAUGUAAGCAUCCUCCGUACCAUAUAUUCAAUUCCUGCAACUACAAGAAAGAAAACCUUCUCUACUUGCAGUUCUCAUCUGACAGUUGUGUCCAUCUACUAUGGAACAUUAAUGUUCAUGUAUUCAGCUCCAUCAGUUAAUGUGUUUCAUGAUGCAAACAAAAUAUUGUCACUAUUGUAUAUUAUAGUUACCCCGUUAUUCAAUCCCAUAAUUUACAGUCUAAGAAACUAUGAAAUUCAACAGAUCCUAAAAAAAUACUUAACAGUGAUAAGAAGCAUGAAGUGGCCUGAAAUAUUUCUAUAG